AUGGCAACAGAACAUAAAUAUUUAGCAAAUAUUAUAAAAAAUACACAUGCCACGUUGCGACAAGAAGCUCAGAAUUAUGGUCCAGAGAUUGCAUGGAAACGGCACAUAUGUCGUAAAGACAUAUUACAGGAAUAUGCUUCCAGUAUGCAGGAAUUGGCAACUACACAUUGGAUGCAAAAUAACUUAAAUACCAAAGGUUCAACAUAUUCCAGAAUAGAAUGGAUCAAAUUUCAUUGUGAAGAGUAUUUUUUAAAUGAAGAAAAACAAAAAUAUGAUCUAAAGGAAGAAGAUAUCAAACUGAAAAUAGAUACAAAUUUUGCAGAUACUGAAGUUGCUAUAAAUUGUAAUAAACCAAUUCAAAAGAUAUCACUGUUGGAUGUGGGUAGUUGUUAUAAUCCAUUUAGCGCUUUCGACAUAUUUGAGAUAACUGCAAUAGAUCUGAAUGGCAUACCAGGCAAAGUUUUUUAUUGUGAUUUUUUAAAUGUUCAAAUUGGACAAGAAUUGUCUGUGAGUAAUAAACAAGAAAUUCUGCAAUUUCCUGAAAACCAUUUUCAGGUAGUUGUAUUUUCUUUAUUUCUGGAAUAUUUACCAUGUCCAAAACAAAGAUAUUUAUGCUGUAAAAAGGCUUAUGAUUUAUUGCAAUUUGGUGGUAUAUUUUUCAUUAUAAGUCCUGAUUCAAAACAUGUUCAUGCGAAUGCUAAGCUCAUGAAAUCGUGGAGAUACGUUCUGAGUAAAUUAGGAUUUAUGAGAAUAAAAUAUGAGAAAUUGCACCAUAUACAUUGCAUAAUGUUCAGAAAAUGUGUAUUUAAACAAGUUGCAACAAGGUGGGCGAAUUUACAAAUAUUGCCUCAGGAUGAUCCUUUAUUUUUAGAUGAUACUUCAAUUUAUAUUCCGCAAGAUUUCCGAAAAGUAUCUAGUGAAAUUAAGAAACGAAAAAAGCAAGAAUACGAUAUAAACGAAGUAAUGUCUAUGAAUCCAACAAUUUGACUAAUUUGAGUAGUUAUCGUUACUCGGGCUUGAUUCACAGGAAAAGUGUUGGUAUUGUUGACACGCCUGACAAAAAAGGAUUUACUGUAGUGUAUAAAAAAGCGAAAGCUAUGAAUAAGCCUGCGAAAGCUACAGUUAGAUGUACAAUGAAAGCUGGAGCUCGUCGUUCUUUAUACAAGUUAAAAAGAUUGCUUACAAAGAACAAAUAUCGCGUAGACCUUACAAAGGUAAGUAAAUUCAAUUACCAAUAAAUAAAAUUUAUUUAUGAUUUGUUCAAAACAAUUUUUAAUACAUAUAGUAAUAUUUUUAGGCUGCGUUGCGUCGUGCUAGUGCUGUAUUACGUUCUCAAAAGCCUUUACCUGCUAAGAAGACCCGUACAACUAAAAAGGCUGAUUAAUUUGUGUAUUAAUAAAUAUACAUUUUAAUUUAAAUUUAUAGAUGUGACAUAUACUACAAAGAAGAUUUAUUAA